UUUUAGUGAAUGUAUGAAGUUUGUGCGGAACUGUACAUAUCAGCGAAUAUUUUAUUAUCGAUUGCCUAUCCCUAGUAUCAGUUUUGAGGUUAUAUAUCAGUAUAGUUUCAUGCUUGAAUAAAGCUCGACGAAAGCUCAAUGCUUUAUUAAAUUAAAAAAGUCAAAAAAUAUUUAAAAAAAAGUAACUAGUAACUGAUACUAAAGAAAAUUCUAUUGAUUGAUGAUUUUUGGACACAAAAAUGAAAACAAUCAAAUUGCUAACAAUAAUCCUGACGAUAAAAUUAACCUACGCCGAAGAAACGACAGAGGAAAUACCUUACACUGAAAGUAGUGGUAAUGAUAACCAAAAUACGGAAGAAAUAAUUUUGACUAAAAGCGGACCGGUGAAAGGUUACGUGCAGAAAGAAACACCAAACAUAAGAAGAUUCUAUGAUAUCCCAUACGGAUCAUUCAGCGACAAUAACCCAUUUGAGGAACCGUCGCCAGCCCAAAAAUGGGAAAGGGUCCACGACGAAACGGAACACAGAUCACGCUGCCCGCAGAUUGAACACUUAAAUAGACUUGCUGGGAAUUUUCACUGCCUUACGUUAAGUAUCAUGACACCAAUUACGACAACCGAAGAAUUAAGAGGCGUCUUGUUCCACAUUCAUGAUGGAAGUUUCAAUAUAGGAAGUGGAAAUCCAAAAGUAUACGGUCCAGAAUACAUAGUGCCAAAGGGAAUCAUUUUAGUCCUGCCGAAUUAUAGACUGGGAGCACUUGGAUUUUUGUGUUCACAGAAUGAUUCUGUACCUGGUAAUGCAGCACUAAAAGAUUUAACUAUGGCUUUAAAAUGGAUAAAAGAUAACAUAGAAGCUUUCGGUGGGGAUCCUUCAAAUAUUGUAGUUAGCGGAGAGGGCGGAGGAGGGGCACUAGCGGGUUAUUUGGCACUUUCUCCCGUGUCACGGGAUUACGUUUCAAAAGUUAUCGUCGAAAGUGGAUUUGUGCUUUCACAUUGGGCAUUAGAAAGAGAUCCCGACGCAACAUUAAAAAUUUUAAUACAGAAUCUUCCUAAUGUUGGUGUAGUUACUACAAAGAAUUUCAGAGUGGAAUCAUCAAACAUAGGAAUUUUGGUAACAGCAGCUAAAGAUAUAAAAUUCGCACCGUGUAUUGAAAAUGGAAACAGAUCGUUUAUAACGGAAACUCCUUUUAAUAUGCUUAACAAUUUAAAAACAAAUAUGACGUAUAUGAUAGGAACUACUAAUCAUGCUGGAUUACAAGAAGCAUUAGAUCACACUAAAGAAAGUUUGUCUAAACUAAAUGAGAACUUUAGUGUUAUCUUGCCCGACGAUUUAAACUUUGAAGAAAAUGAUAUAAAAAGAUCGGAAAUCGGAAACAGAUUGAGGAAACAAUACUUUGGUAAAAAUAACGUGACGUUAAAUAACAUAGAAGAACUUUCUCUAUGUUAUACGGAUGCUUCGUAUUUAGGUCCGAUGAUCAGAGCAGCUAGACAUUUAGCAUCGUCUGGAGCUUCGGUUUAUUUCUACGAGUUUGCAUUUGUCGGAUAUUUAAAUCAAAGGAAUAUUGAUGAAUCAAUCGAUGAUAUCAAAAUAUCAACUUCAGUAAAAAUCCGAGGAGCAUCUCGAGGAGAUAUUGUUAAAUAUAUUUUCUGUCAAGAAGGACACAUACCUGUCGAUGGCAGUAAAGAAAAACAGAUGAUAGAUCUGGUUACUGACUUAUGGAUUAGUUUUAUACAAUCUGGGAAACCGAAGACUGAAGGUAUAGAGUGGCGACCAUUCGAGAAAACAACUGAAACAAACGAGAAUUGGUUGUUGAUUGACACUCAAGUAAAGCCAUUGAAAGGACUCCACGUUGACCGACUUACUUUGUGGAAUGAGAUCUACGAGACGUAUUUCGUGGAACACAAUCGCGGUGUCAGAACUAGCCCUUAUAUCUAUUCCUUUACCUUUACUAUAAUCAUAUUUAUUUUUAUUUCGAAACUUAUAGUUUAAGGAGUGUAAUGCAGCGUUUUCUAUAUGAGAAAAGUAUUUUGUCCAUAUUUUUUUU